GCGAAUGGCCACACCGCCACCUGUGACAAGCCAUGGCGGGAUACAUGAUACUGCACCUGCUGGUCUUUAUACAAAUAUGUAUACGAGGAGCGUCUGGAGUUAACGGUCGGAUUGACGCUCAGGCGUCCUUGUCUCGCGCGCAUACGAUAGUGGUUCCCAAACUUCUCCACGCGCGCAGCAAGAGGCAUGAGACCAGCGGAGACCGUCUGGCAGAGGAGCGGCACCCUGAGCGUGUGGCGUACUCUCUCAGUAUCGGAGGAAAGGAGCGCACCCUUCACCUGGAGAAAAACAGGGACUUCCUGUCAGCUGAUUUUGAGCAUUACUCCCAUAAUGCACUGGGGCAGCUGGACAAAAAGCAUCAAGUCAACCAUGUGGCGUGUCAUUACCAUGGUUACGUGGCGUGUCAUUACCAUGGUUAUGUAGAGGGGGAUGAGGACUCCCUGGCGGCGAUCAGCACCUGCAGCGGACUCAGGGGUGUGGUGUAUGUGGAUGAUGUGGGUUAUGGUUUGGAGCCUGUGAUGUCCGGGUCGCGACCUGAUGCCCAUCUGGUGUGGAAGCUGGAGGGGUUUGGAGCCCAGGGAUCCUGUGGCACACACACACACCACGCCAACGACACACACCACCAGCCACCCUUAUCGUCACUACUGAGGAGGAAGAGGAACUUGCCGCAGACGCGUUACGUGGAGCUGGUGCUGGUGGUGGACAAGCAGAGGUUUGACUUCCAGAAGCAGAACAUGACGGCGGUGAGAGAGGAGGCGGUACAGCUGGCCAACCUACUGGAUGGGUAUUAUAAGCGCAUGAAUGUGCGCAUCGUGCUGGUGUUCCUGAGUGUGUUUGAGGAGGUUAACCCUUUCAGCGUGGACGAGGGCUCGGCGGGAGACGUACUCGGAAGAUUCGUCACCUGGAGAAGAACCCAGCUGCUGCCGCAACGCAGACACGACGUGGCACAACUGAUAGUGGGCCGGUCGGAAGUGUACCCCGGUGGUGUUCUAGGGAUGGCCUUCGUGGGUACGGUGUGUUCCGUUCACAACGCUGGAGGAAUCAACGUGUUCUCAGGUACCAACCUGGCUGGGUUCUCCACAGUGCUGGCCCAUGAGCUGGGCCAUGUGAUGGGGAUGGGCCACGACUCGGAGGGAUGCAGCUGCGACGGCAACAACAACUGCAUUAUGUCCCCUGCAGCAGGGGGUGCCACCAUGUUUAGUGACUGCAGCGGUGAUUAUUUCGAGCGCCUGGUUCUGGGUGGGGGGGGCAUGUGCCUGAUGAACCAGCCCCCCCCCUCGGACGUCGUCACGGUGGCCGAGUGCGGCAACGGAGUUCUAGAACGCGGAGAGGAGUGCGACUGCGGAACGCCAGAGGAGUGUGAGAGUAGGUGUUGUGAUGCUGCUACGUGUCUUCUGGUGUCGGGGGCCGUCUGCGCUCAGGGAGAAUGCUGCCAGAACUGCCAGUUUAAGGUGGCAGGUACCCAGUGCAGGGGCGUUGCUGAUGAGUGUGAUCUGCCAGAGUUCUGUAACGGCUCCUUUGCCUUCUGUCCUGGUGAUUUCUACCGCAUGGACGGGCUAGCCUGCGCUAACGCUAACGCCUUCUGCUACGAGGGAAGAUGCCAAACAUACGACAGCCAGUGCAGACGCCUCUUCGGGACAGAUGCUGUCAAGGCGAAUGAGUUGUGCUUCAGUACCGUCAACUCGAGAGGAAACCAGUUUGGAAACUGCGGACACACCGGAGCUAAAGCCAUUCCCUGCGCUUUGGAGAACGUGAUGUGUGGUAAGAUCCAGUGUACGGGGUUCGACUCUAACGACCCUCCUCGCGGCGUCACCAUCAGCAUCGAAAAGCUCCAGGACGACGUCAUCUGCAAGAACGCCGACUACAACCUGGGGACCGACGUGCUGGACCCCGCCUACGUCAACCAGGGAUCCGUCUGUGCAUCGGGGAAGGCGUGUCUGGACUUCAAGUGUGUGAACGACUCGGCUCUGCUGCAGGACUCCAGCUGCACGGCCACGGAGACGUGUCACGGCAACGGGGUGUGUAACAACGAGGCUAAUUGCCACUGUAAUGAUGGUUGGGCUCCUCCAAGUUGCGAUCGGGGGGGCCGAGGAGGGAGCCUGGACAGUGGACCCGCCCAGAUUGACCACUCUCUGCGUAACGGGCUGCUGAUCUUCUUCCUGCUGGUGCUCCCCCUGCUGGUCGUGCUGGUGAUGUUCAUCCUCUACAGAUACAAACCACACACACUGCAGCCACUACUCAACAGGAUAACACCACCUAAACAGAGGUCUGGUACUGGAGCUCCUUCUCAGGCCAAUGGCCAUCAGCCAGAGAGAGCAGCGUCACCUCCAGCACCCAAACAACUGGCACCCACCAACCCACAGCCGUUCUCUCCGUAUCUCACAGAAUCCUCAGCCAGCUAUGACCCAUGGCAGACUCCAGAUGUGUAUCCUGAAGCUCCAGCAGCAGCAGCAGCCGCCAGACAAGGGCCAGGAGUACCCAGACCCAUACCCCCCAAACACACACACACACCCUGAACACAC